AACUUCCGUUGCAAAAGCAUCCGACCCAGUUUGUCAAAGAAGCGCUGCACCAAAAAAUCCUCAUAACUCUUGUCACUUCCGUUUGAGUCAAAGCAGUUCCUUGCUGCUUCUAGCUACAGCUAAAACCUUCCACUGCAAAAGAGUAUUCUUAUCUGAAGACUGUACCCAAGGAACAAGAAGAAUGGCUGAUGUACUUAUAGCUUCCACAAUAGAGGUAGCAUUGAAGAAGACACUUUCCCUUGCCAAUGAAAGGAUUGGCAAGUUAUUCCAAUUCAAGGAGGAUUUGGAGACCCUCAAAGGAUCUGUUGCUAUGAUCCAAGCUGUCUUGGCUGAUGCAGAGGAAAAGCAAAUGCAUGACCAGGCCGUGCGACUGUGGCUCCAGAGGCUAGAAGCCGUGGCGUGUGAUGCCGAGAAUUUGUUGGACGAGCUGAAUUAUGAAGCUCUUCGUCGCCAACUCGUGGGCAAGGUGCGCUCCUUCAUCCUGUCCUCUGACAUUAAUAUUGUUUUCCGACGGAGAAUGGCCUCUAAGAUCAGGGACAUCAACAAGAAGUUGAAUAAGAUCAAUAAAGACGCCAAUGAUUUCGGACUGAUCAGAUUCCAAAGGGCAAGUUUCCCCCCUUCUACUACUGCUAAAGUCACACUAAAUAGAGAGACGGAUUCUAUUGCUGGCCACUAUGUUGUAGGAAGAGCAAAGGAUGAAACAAGCCUGGUGGAGAUCUUGCUAAGCUUGUCAGAAAAAGCCGUUUCUGUAAUUCCCAUCCUUGGGAUGGGCGGAUUGGGAAAGACAACUUUAGCUCAAUCUAUAUACAAAAAUAGUCAAGUUCAUAGCCAUUUUGAGAAAAAAAUUUGGGUUUGUGUGUCCGACAAUUUUGACGUGACCAGGCUUUUGAAAAUGAUUUUAGAAUCACUAACGAGAAGAAAUGUUGAAAUGACCAGUAGGGAUGUCAUCGUCCAGGAAAUUCGAGAACAACUUGUGGGAAAAAUUUUUUUUCUUGUUCUUGAUGAUGUCUGGACCGAAAAUCUUACCUUGUGGGAUGAUUUUUUUGGUUCAUUACUGGGGCUAAAUGCAACUAAUGGAAAUUGGUGUGUUGUGACUACUCGUAAACAACAAACUGCAUCCAUUGUGGCCACACAUGAUCCUUAUGUGCUAGGAAAGCUAUCUGAUGACGAUUGUUGGUCUAUCCUAACAAAGAAAGCCAUUGCAGGUGGAGAAAUUCCCAAACAAUUGCAUGUCAUGAAAAAGGAAAUUAUAAAAAAAUGUGGUGGUCUACCGCUGGUUGCAAGUGUAAUGGGAGGUUUAUUGCGCAUGAAGAGAAAAGAGGAGUGGCAAUUGGUUUUGAAGAAUAAGCUUUCAAAUUUUAGUGGAGAUGAAGAUGGUGUCAUGGAAAUACUUAAAUUGAGUUUUGAUUGUUUACCAUCUCCAUCCAUUAAGAAAUGUUUUGCAUAUUGUUCUGUAUUUCCUAAGGAUACUAUGAUGAAAGGAGAUAUGCUAAUCGAACUUUGGAUGGGAGAAGGCUUACUCCAAGCAGAUGCCAACAACCAAAUGAUGAUGGAGGAAAUUGGAAUGAAUUGUCUGAGAAUUUUAUUACAGAGUUCGUUGUUUGAAGAAACCAGAAGUUAUCGGGAAACACAUUAUUAUAAGAUGCAUGAUCUAGUGCACGACCUCGCAGAGUCAAUGUCAAAGUCUACUAAAGUUAUUAACAAUAUUCGUUACCUUGCAAUAGAUUUAUCAGGUGGCAGAGAAGACAGAGAAAAACUUUUGGAGAGGCUAUCAACUGCACUUCGUACAUUGUUUGUAAAGGGUGACCUAUCUGGUGAUAUGUUAAUGAAGUUGAAGAACUUGUAUGUUUUGAAUUUGUCUCAUGCAACAACUCAAGAGCUACCGAUCACAAUUGGCAAAUUGAUACAUUUGCGGUAUGUUAACCUUUUGAGUUCUAGAAUCCGUAUUUUGCCAGACUCCCUUUGCAAGCUUUAUAAUUUGCAGACAUUGGCACUAGAUAGCAUGUAUGUCAAAGAUCUUCCGAAGGGGAUGUGCAAUUUGAUUAGCUUGAGACAUCUCUAUUUUUACACCUUUGAUGAAAAAUUUCAAAUGCCGCUAGAGAUGGGACGACUGACUUGCCUUCAGACACUAGAGUUCUUUAAUGUGGGUCGAGAGAAGGGUCGACAAAUUGAAGAGCUUGGAUGCUUGAAAAACCUCAAAGGUAGUUUAAGUGUGCGCAAUCUUCAACUAGUAAAGGAUAGGAAAACAGCUGAGGAAGCAAAUCUAUUUGAAAAGGCAAAUCUAUUUAGGUUGAUACUUGCGUGGGCCCUGGCUUGGGAUCGAGAAGGCAACAACUACAACUACGACAAAGAUGUGUUAGAUGGCCUUCAGCCUCAUCCAAAUUUGGAAGAGUUGGUAAUUCAGCAUUUUAUGGGUGAUCAAUUUCCUCGAUGGUUAAUGGAUUUGCCAACAACACUCCCCAAGUUAGCGCGUUUGGAGUUUUAUUAUUGCCACAGAUGUAGAGAACUCCUUCCCUUGCAAAACUUUACAUCUCUUAAAGAGCUGGAGAUUUGGUUUUGCCGUGGAUUAACGAAUCUACCCGGUGACAUGCUACAGUCUUGUAUCUCUCUCCAAAAGCUUCAGGUGGCUUAUUGCGACAAUCUUAUCUCCUUUCCGCUUGAUUUGCAACAAACGCCUUCUCUUUUGGAGUUGGAAUUAUACGCGUGUCCCAAACUGAAAACAAGUAUGACGCCCAAAGGAUUUGGUUUCCUAACCAGCUUAAAUCGUAUUGAAAUUGGUCCCUUCUCAGAUGAUGAUGACCAUGAAAAUUCUUCAAUUUACAAUGAAUUUGAUUGGUCUGGAUUGAUAUCCUUCUCCUCUUUGUCAUCCACACUAUGUGACCUAGAAUUAUUUGGGUUGCCACACAUGGAGUCCCUACCAUAUCAGAUCCAAUACUUGACCACUCUCAUAUCACUUCGGGUACAUGACUUUAGAGGUAUAAAAGCUCUGCCAGAUUGGUUCGGAAACUUUGCUUCUCUUGAAUACCUAUGUUUAUUUGGUUUCAAAGAGCUUCGACAUUUACCCUCUGAGGAUGCCAUGAGAAGUCUCACCAAACUAAAAGUUCUACUGGUUUAUGGUUCUCCUCUGUUAAAAGAAAGGUGCACUCCCGAGAGCAGCGGCCUUGACUCCCAGUGGUCCAAAGUUUCUCAUAUUCAACUCCUAUUAAUAAGUGAUUUAUAG